AUGCCGAUGCUCAAGGAUCCCUCCAAAAAGUACAAGCCGUUCAAGCCUUUGAAUCUGCCUAACCGCCAAUGGCCUAACAAGACCAUCGACCGGGCUCCCCGGUGGUUGGCGACCGACCUUCGUGAUGGCAACCAGAGUCUCCCUGACCCAAUGGAUGGUGAACAAAAGCUCAAGUUCUUCAAGAUGCUGGUGGAGAUUGGUUACAAGGAAAUCGAAGUCUCAUUCCCCGCCGCCUCUCAAAUCGAUUUUGACUUCACCCGCCGCCUUGUCGAGGAGCCAGGUCUGACCCCCGACGAUGUCUGGCUCCAAGUCCUCGCUCCUUGCCGUGAGGAUCUGAUCCGCCGCACCGUCGACUCUCUCACUGGCGCUAAGAAGGCCAUCCUGCACAUCUACCUUGCCACCAGCCCAUGCUUCCGUCAGAUCGUCUUCAACAUGGACAAGAAGCAAAGCUUAGAAAAGGCCGUCGCGUGUGCCAAGUAUGCCCGAUCAAUCACCAAGGAUGACCCCGCCCAGGCUGGCACAGAGUGGCAGUUCGAGUUUUCACCAGAGACCUUCUCCGACACCGAGCCCGAUUUCGCCAUUGAGGUUUGCGAGGCUGUCAAGGCUGCUUGGGAGCCCACUGUUGAGAACCCUAUUAUUUUCAACUUGCCCGCCACAGUCGAGAUGUCCACCCCCAAUGUCUACGCUGAUCAGAUCGAGUACUUCUGCAACAACAUGACUGAGCGCGAGAAGUUCGUCGUCUCUCUCCACCCCCACAAUGACCGAGGCUGUGCUAUCGCUGCUGCUGAGUUGGCGCAGAUGGCCGGUGCUCAACGUGUUGAAGGUACCCUUUUCGGUAACGGCGAGCGUACUGGUAACGUUGACUUGGUCACGCUUGCCCUGAACCUUUACACACAAGGUGUUUCGCCGAAUGUCGACUUCUCAGAUAUUUGCUCCGUUAUUAAGGUUGUGGAGGAGAGUAAUAAGAUCCCUGUCAACGAGCGCUGGCCAUAUGGAGGAUUGCUUGUUACUUCAGCGUUUUCCGGAAGUCACCAAGAUGCAGUUCUCAAGGGUUUCAAGCUGCGCGAGCAGGCCAAGGCAACCGACGACGACGAGUGGAGGAUGCCUUAUCUCCCUCUCGACCCUCAGGACAUCGGACGGACAUACGAGGCCGUCAUUCGUGUCAACUCACAGAGCGGAAAGGGUGGUGCCGCCUGGGUCAUUUUGCGCAGCCUGGAGCUGGAUCUCCCCCGUGCUCUGCAGAUCGAGUUCAGCAAGAUUGUCCAACAAGCUACCGAGGAUGCCAACCGCGAGCUGCGACCUGCCGAGGUCGUUCAUUUGUUCGAGGAGUCUUACCACCUGAAGUCGAACCCGCGCUUCAACCUUAUCGAUUACAACAUCACCACCGACCGCUCGCAAUCUCCUGCCCCGCCUGAGCCCGGCAAGGCUCUUAACACUAAGAACCACAAGCGUCGCUUCACGGGUGUUAUUGAAAUCGACAACGUCCAGCACGCCAUUACAGGUGUCGGUUCCGGUGCUCUUUCGUCCCUUGCUGCAGCUCUCGCUUCUCUUGGUAUUGAUCUCGAUGUCGUCGAUUACAAGGAGCACUCUAUUGGUCUCGGUCGUGACGUGAAGGCUGCUACAUACAUUAACUGUACCGCAGCGGGCAGCAAGGAGAAGGUUUGGGGUGUCGGUAUCCACGCCGACGUGGUACAAGCAUCGCUUAUUGCGAUGCUGAGUGCUGCUAGCUCGUUCCUCACAAACAGUGCCGGCUCCCCGGCUCCUUUCCGUCCCAUUCGCUCCAACACCCUCACCAACGAGGACAUUCAGGCUCUCCAGCAGUUGACUGACGCCCCCGAGGCGGUCACUGCUAACGGUGGUCUGAGCGCGAAGGUCAACAUUGAGCAGCUCACCAAGCAAGCUGAGACCUAA